AAAAUACAUAUUGGACGAAAGAGAUACUAUAAAGAAGGAGGGAGUAGAUCUCGGAGUGGGAAAUAACGAGCGUUGCAACGUCUGCGAGAGUCGUGUCGCUACUUCCGAGGAAAUAACAUCUUAUAGGAUACUUUGUAGCGAAGAAGAUAGUAUUCUAUAUCCAAGAUGUCAAGACCGAUCCUUAGCAGACCGCGUACGCGCGUGUAUGGAUGCAACUAUGACAAAGGGGAGUCGUAUUAUAAGCCAAUGGUCGAUCACUUGGAUCGAAAGUAUAGCUCACGACCACUUUUUUCUGAACCAAGAAAUUCGUUGGCCGACGAGAUUGCAGCCCGGCGAGGCGACAUCGGCACGCGUGACCUCUCCGCCCCUCGCAACAGUCCCCUUGGACGUGACCUUGACCUUGAAUCAGAUCCUUCCAUUCGCGGCCCACAAUUACCCACACUACCCUCCUCGGCCACUGCCGACAACUUGUUCGCCCCCGAAGACGAGGAUGUCGUCUACGACAGCCGUGGGCAGCGUAGUCGGCGCCGAUUCGCCGACAAUUUUGCCAACGAUGUCGUAGCAACGACGCAACAUUUGAAAGCGAAACUGGCCGCGAUCGGGUUGGAGGACGAGGUCGAAGCCGCGUUGGGGAGAUCGCGACGUGCACGCCGCGAUGACGAGGACCGGGACGAAACUGGCCGAAGCGCUAGGAGGAAUCUGUGGAGGGAUGUUAAGUCGAUCGGCGAAGAGGCGGAGGCAACGUUCAAAAGACGUUCGAAGAUGUUCGACGAGAUCGCGGAUCGUUCGUCGGAUGAGGGAAGGCCGAUGCUCGCCAAAUGGUCGAAACUGACGAUGGACGAUAACGAAAAUUCGGUCGCGGCAAGCGCCGCUGCGACCAGGGCGAAACAGACGAAGGCACGUUUGAACGAUCUCGAGUCCGAGAUGGAGGAGCUAGCGGAGAGGCAAGCGAAGAGGGAGCGCAGGGCAGCCGCUCUCAGGGCGUUGAUCAACGAAAAUAUCGCCGACACGGAGAACGUUCAGGAGCAGUCGGUUGUUAGCAAAAAGGUUUCCAUCCGCGAACGUGCCGAGAAACACGUCGCUUUUUAGGAAUAUUCUAUAUUCGAUUCUAAGAUAAGAUUAAAUAUUUAUGACCUAAAGGUAUGAUAACGAUCGUGUUUUUAUUAUUCAAAGGAAAGAGAAAUAUAUAUAAGUCGUAUAUGUAUUGUGCGUUACCAGCAACAUCCCAUCCUAUCCUUCUUGUUAUUCUAUUUUUAAUAUAUAUAUCUAUCUCUUUUUGUUCCUAAUGAUCCUACGAAUAUUCUUUGUAUGUACAUAUAUCGUUUCGGAUCGUCCCUUUCUUGCAUCGUCAGCUAUAACGAACAUGUAUUCACAUUCACACGAAUAAUAUUGAUAUCUGUACAAAGUGUAGUAGGACAUUAGCAAUAUCGUGAAAAUAUAAUUUUAAUCGAUUAUAUAUUCAAUUGUAACGUAUAAUGUAUAAUAGAUUCUUUACGUAAUCA